AUGAUUUUCGCGGCGACGAUUGGAAGUGACUCAACCUUCCGUGACAGACCACCAGAAGCCUACCUCUCGCGCCGGACAGCGACCACUUCAUACAGCAUGGCGGACCUAACAAAGGAGCAGAAGCUCAAGCUCAUCACGCGAAACCUCGCCGAGGCCCUCGAUGUCGACAUCCUCGAGAAGGUCUACGAUGAGGGUCGCGAACCCAACAUUUACUGGGGCACCGCGACAACUGGUCGGCCUCACACUGGCUACUUCGUUGCUGCCCUCAAGCUGGCAGACUUUCUCCGCGCCGGCGCCAGCGUGACUGUCCUGCUUGCCGACAUCCACGGCUUCCUUGACAGUGCGUACCAAUCCGAUCUCGAGGCGUGCGACGCAGACAUACACCGAAUACUGCAGCCCAUGUUCAAUCUGAAGGCCCCCAUUGAGAUCGUGCAGUACCGUGCCGAAUACUACCGCUUCACGAUCACGUCCAUGCUCAAGGCUGUUGGCGUCGACACUUCUAAGUUGCGUUUUGUCCUCGGCAGCGAGUACCAAAAGUCCUCCGAUUCUGGCCUUCUUUACCCUCUUCUGCAGGUGUUGGACGAGCAGUACCUUGGGGCUGACUGCCAGUUUGGCGGUGUCGACCAAAGGAAGCUUUUCACGGCCGCGAAGGCUUGGCUGCCAAAGCUGGGCUACAAGGAGCGCGCACACCUGAUGAACCCCAUGGUGCCGGGUCUUCAGGGUGGCAAGAUGGUUCUCUCCUUCACCGAGUUCGUCCUUCUUCCCGCGAGCGAGCUCAAGUCCGGCAAGGCCGAGUUUGUGGUCGACCGCAGCCGCGACAACCUCGAGCCGCUGGUGUACAAUGACAUUGCCAAGAUGCACGAGGACUACAAGAACGACAUCCUGACCCCUCAGAUCCUGAAGCCGGCCGUCACCAAGGCGCUUCUUGAGUUGAUGGAGCCGAUCGUCAAGGACUUUGAGUCGUCGAAAGAGUGGCAGGAGGUCAUGCUCAAGGCGUACCCUCCGGAAGAGAAGGCCAAGAAGGUCAAGAAGGUCAAGGACAAGGGCUCUCGUCACCCUGGCGCUGGGCCCGCUGGGGCGGAGAAGGCGGAGGGAAAGAACGAGAAGCCUAUUGAGGAGCAGACUGGCAUUUCGACACUGGAAAUCGCCAACCACCCGCCGGCGCCGUAA